AUGUUUCUUGUGAGCGAGCGCCGCACUAAACACCCGAGAUCUCAAAAGGUCAAAUGUGACGAGGGUCAACCGUCCUGCCACCAGUGCCGACGGCGAGGACUGGAAUGCCCAGGAUAUAAACGCGGCUUGCACUGGGUCCAACACCGCGAACUCUCGGGCUCCGGGUUGAAGGUGAUUACGACCCCGAAGAACAGGACCAAAUCUCCGGGCCACCUACCCCUUGCAGAUGCAGCUGAGACCGAGCCAGGCCAGGUGCCUUCCGGCCUCGAAUCAGGGCUCUGGUCCGUCUUGCUCGGUGUGCUCGAUGUAGAGGAACAGGAGCAACAACAGCAACCGCUCGAUCGAGAUCUGUUCUUACUCGCGUCGCCGACGGCGGAUGCGAAGGAAGACCAUGGCCACGGUUCCAGCCCAAGAGACCAACCAUUCCAGGCGCAAUCAACCGACAUCCAAGAAAUGGUCCCCUAUUCCAAGCAUGGAUACGACAAUGACUUGGGCAACGAUCCUGAUCCACCCCGCAACCAUCCAUCGAUCCGACCGAGCGUGCAAGACACGACGACUUUCCUCGUCGAGUACUAUUUCAGCAAUGUCUGUCCUCUGCUCUCCUGUUUCGAUUCGCCUUCCAACCCGUUCAGAUUCGAAAUAGCCAACAUGAUCCGGAGCUCGCCCGCGCUCUCCAAUUGCAUCCAGGCAAUGUCAGCAGCGCACCUGUCACAACUCCAACCCUCCCGGCAUCGGGAGGGACUCGAGCUGCAAAACGCCGCGGUCCGAUCAAUAUCAGACAGCGUCGCCAAUCUCGCCGAGGUGAGCGAGGACUUGAUGAUCUCGGUCAUUCUGCUCGGCGUGACCCAGCCGUGGCAUGACCGCUAUGCAACCGGCAGCGAGCACUUUGCAGGAGCAAGAACCCUUUGUGCUCCGUGGCUGUCAAAGCAAAUCGCCCGCGGCCCUUCGGCCCAGAUCGACUUCAUUAUUCCGAUGCUGAUAUACUGGGAGAUGCUGGCCUCCUUCGUCAUGGAAGAUGGGAGUGGCGUGAUCGAAUGCUUGGAAUCCUACCAUUUCGGGGACCUCAACUCUUCAGGUUCAAUUUCCACAUCAACCCUGCUGUCCAACCGAAGUGCCCGACCGCAAACUGGCGGCGUGUCGAAAAUCAAGCCACAUCCUAUCACAGGCGCCACGCCCGAGAUAUUUGUGCUCUUCGCCAAGGUAGGCCACCUGGUACGCAGGCGGACCCUGGAGCUCCAAACAAUGGGGAAGUCGAUCGAUUCCAACACCGACAAGUGGGAUCACUGGUCAGCCUGCCGGCCCCAGGCGCUCAAAGAGGUCGAGGAGGUCGAGGAGGCUCUCCUUACAUACGAAACCUUGUUGCUCAAAAACGUGGAAUGCACCAACGAUACGCGUACGCCCGUGGCCGACUUGUUACAUAUCGCCGAAGCAUAUCGUUGCGCAGCGCUGCUCCAAGUAUACCGAGCGUUUCCUUCACUGUUGAGGAUGCGGCUGUCGUCCGUACAGGAUCAGAGUGGCGACAGUGCCAGUCCUCUCUCUGCUCUUCCCGAGGGAGAUUAUCCCAUCUGCUUGCCCUCGCCCUCCGACACUUCCGCCAACGCCCCCGAGAACUCCGUGGACCAAUUUCUUUUCGCGCUUGCCACCAAGAUUUUGAAGUCGAUUGCUGAGACGUCGACCGAGUCUGGAACGCGUACGAUUAUGCCACUCAUCCUGGUCAUGGCGGCGAACGAGCUGCGACUUCCAAAGGAUGGGGAAUCGGAAUCGGAAUCGGCAUCGACAUCGGCGUCGGCAUCGGCCCCGGACGGGAGGGAAACGAAUGGAGAGGAGCCGCAUUCAGAUUCGGUGGCAUACUGGCGCCGGUUCUUGUGGUCACGACUCAAUGGGUGCGUUCGUUAUCUCUCGGUCCAGCCGAUGAAUACGACGCUGGAUAUUGUCAAGGAGUUAUGGAAAGAGCUCGACUCGGGCAGAAGAGUCUUCUGGCUGGAAGUCGUUCUGGAAAACGGCUGGGAAACACUGAUGGGCUAA